AUGGCCCGAACCAAAGUGAAAGUGAAUAAACAGCAAUACCAUAAAUCAAGAAUGGCAGAGAUCUCAAGGUCAAUACAAUCAAAGAAACAAAUUAUAACAAAAGUAUUCGAAAAGGGUGAUGAAGUUGAAGUGGGAAGUCACGAAGAUGGAUUCGAAGGUUCUUACUACAGAGCAACUAUUCUUUCUAUGUUUGACCCUAAUCAUUACAUCGUCAAGUACAAAACUCUGUCAACUGAUGAUGAAUCUGAACUGCUGGAGGAGGUGAUCCCUACAAUCGAGGUCCGCCCUGUUCCGCCUCAUCGAGAUGGAACAAUGUCAGAACACGGAUUCCGUUUAUAUGAUAUUGUAGAUGUGUAUGCCAAUGACGGAUGGUGGUUUGGAUGCAUCAGUGCCAUAAUUGGAGAAGAGUAUUAUGUCUAUUUCCCUUCAACUGAAGAUAGCAUUGCAUACCCUUCUCAUGUCUUGAGAUUUCAUCAAGAAUGGUCUAAAUGCGGGUGGAUAUCUCUCAUGUCAUCAUAA